CCAACUGGAACAGGAAGUGAGAAAUGUUACAUUGUGGUGGCCCAGCUUCCUCAUGGUGUGAUUGAUAUUUGGUCACUGGGCGAUACAGAAGAUUACUUUUAUGAUGUUUAUUUAAGUAUAAAAUUAUAUUUUACAUCAAAUGAAAUAUAAAUUUGCUUAAGAUUCUUGGGGGCAUGUCAGGAAAAUGAGUGUAGUAUAUAGGUCAGCCGCUGAAGGCCGCUGUUGGUCUUCUACAUGAUGAACCCAUGGCUUAAAAUUUUCAUUUAUUUUUAUUUUUUGCUUUGACGACCGGAAGUUGCGGUUUUUGGCGGGGAUUUGACUUUCCAAAAACAGAAAAUGAAAGUGUAAAGUUUGAUUUGUGGCGUGUUAAUGUUUGAGGAACUUGAGCAACGUACGCUCUUCAUCAUCAUCUUCUUCUUCUUCAACCAGGAAGCUUUAAUAAAGGUGCGAUGUUAACUAGCUUGCUGCUUCUCUCGCUGCCAGUCAUGGCGGCGGCCAUGUUGGACAGCAGGUUGGACGACCACUGGACCAUGUGGAAGAAGACGCACAAGAAGUGGUACCGCAGCGAGGAGGAGGAGCUUCACCGCCGAGGGUUGUGGGAGGAGAACCUGAUGAUGAUCACGCUGCACAACCUAGAGGCCUCCAUGGGCACCCACACCUUCCAGCUCAGCAUGAACUUCAUGGGAGACAUGACGCCAGAUGAGAUCCGUAAGUCAAUGGCUACCUUGACUCCUCCCACUGACCUCCAGAGGUCUCCUGAGUCCAUGUGGACUAGCAAGGACGUUCCAGGAUCUGUGGACUGGAGGGAUCACGGCUAUGUGACGCGGGUCAAGAUGCAGGGCUCUUGUGGUUCCUGCUGGGCCUUCAGUGCAGCGGGGGCCCUGGAGGGCCAGUGGGCCAGAACCACAGGGACGCUGGUGGACCUCAGCCCCCAGAACCUUGUGGACUGUUCAGGCAAAUACGGCAACCACGGCUGCAAUGGCGGCUUCAUGGACCGUGCCUUCCAGUACGUCAUUGACAACCACGGCAUCGACUCGGACGCGUCCUACCCAUACACGGGCCGGCAAUCGGAGCAGUGCCACUAUAACCCCGCCCACCGCGCCGCCAACUGCUCCUCUUACAACUUUCUACCCAAGGGGGAUGAGGACGCACUGAAAAGAGCCCUCGCCUCCAUUGGACCCAUUUCUGUGGCCAUCGACGCCUCCAGACCCAAGUUUGCGUUCUAUAAGAGCGGAGUGUACGACGAUACGUCAUGCACCCAGAAAGUCAACCACGGCGUGUUAGCAGUCGGCUACGGCACGCUAAAUGGACACGACUACUGGCUGGUGAAGAACAGCUGGGGACGUUCGUUCGGAGAGGAGGGCUACAUUCGCAUGGCUCGUAACAAAAACAACCAGUGUGGCGUGGCGCUUUUCGCCUGCUAUCCUGUCAUCUCAUCCCACUAUGAAGCCGAGCAGCAACCCAAGAACGUCCUGCACUCACAUUAAAUUCAAGCAGAUAAAAUGUCCUCACUGUUGGGAAUUGAAUGCGCUAAUGCACAUGGGAAUCGAACAACUGAUAACUGAUAAUCAAAUAACUGAGUUGUUGCUCUAAACUUCUCCAUCCUGGAGACUUUCUCUCUGUAGCCAAAUAGGAAUACUAUUGUUUUUUUUGUUUUGUUUUUUAACAAUGCAAGAACCCAAAUGAAUCCUGUCUGUGAUGGAAUGUGAAUGCAUCUGUUCAAGUCUGUUUAAAACAAUGACUUUAUAAAGCCAUACAGUUGUUUUAAAGUUGUUCCCUCGCUACAUUCUUAAACCGAAUGUAGCUCCCUCACUAUGGCGGUUUUUCGAAUAUGAUUGCUGAUUGACUAUAGACUAUUGGUCAAAUACUGAAAAACAAGUUAUAGUAUUGUGGCCACUAGGUGUCAGUAGCGGUACAUGAGAUUAGAUUACCUAAGUGUCAGUAGCGGUACAUGAGAUUAGAUUACUUUAACACUGCUUGUAGCCAGGCAUGGCAUGUACGGCAAAUGAUCCCAUUCAAAGUGGUAAAGUUUUGGCUUCUUUGUCCCAACAACACCUAACUUUAUAAUAAAUAAAUUGGAGAGGCUAGCUAGUUAGCUCGGUAAUUAUGAUAGCGGCGGCUAGCAUAGCAAGUAUCUUGUGUUCCUGCAGUGAUCUCCUAGCCUGUACAUGAAAGGAGGUCCAUCUUCGUCCGAUGGUGAAGUAUCCUCGUGGCUGCAAGGGGCCUAAAGGUGAAAGGUCAGAGGACGUCCCCGUGGCCUGGCGUGGAUCACGUGCCCAUGACAACCAAGAAUAGACUGACACACUGCUGACAGAAACAUGCAACGUGAACUUCGACCUCAAUUCUUGCUAGCAUCCUUCCAGACUGACAUGGCUGCUGACUAACCACUAUAGGGUGAGGAGAAUAGGUGAGGAGAAUGGGAGGAGUCAAACUGACCGUGGUGGACUUAAUAAUACGUCCGCUCCUGGUGGUCAUCAUCGUUGUCUCCAUGUCAGAGGUUCCCUUCAACACAGCACCCACCUGGAAAGGGAAGUUGUAUCAGUGCACCUUCCCGGGCUAAAAUGAAUAAUUGAUCAUUCGUCCUGCCCCCAUAAGUGUCUGUCAAACAAAAUUCUGAUGCUCCAAAAUAGACAAGAUGUUACACUGACCUUGGUAACCUCACGAGUCGCCAUCUUCUCAUGGCACAUCAGCUCUAUCUCUUGAA